AAAGUCACUAUCAAGCAUCCAAUUCCCACGAAUUUGGAGCAAAACCAAUGUUGACUUUCAACUACCUUGUUCCACGUGUCUCAUUCUCCAUACGUUCAUUUGUCACUGCUUACGUGGCUUUCUUUCCAUCAAGAAAAUCUCGUUUCCCCUGUUUCUUUCCUUAAACCCCUUUUUUCUCAUUUCACAAAAACCCUACGAUAUAAAACAAAUAAAUCAGGUGAUCAUUUUCAUUCAAGAUCUCGAAGAUAAAUAUUUUUAUAAAAAUGAGUGAAUAUAGAGCAACAAAAAUAAGGAUGGAAAGUGGUGGUGGUAUUGGGGGGUUACAUUAUUAUGGAAUAUGUACCGCCGGUGGAAUGUUCAGUGCCGGAGCUACCCAUCUCGCCGUCACCCCCCUUGAUGUCUUGAAAGUCAAUAUGCAGGUGAAUCCACUUAAGUUUCAUAGUAUUGCAUCAGGUUUAAAUAUCCUGUGGAAAGAAGAAGGUCCAUCUUCUUUGUGGAGAGGUUGGUCUGGAAAAUUAUUCGGGUAUGGUGUUCAAGGUGGAUUCAAGUUUGGUUUAUAUGAGUUCUUUAAAAGGCGUUACGCGGAUGUGCUCGCGGAUGAAAGACAUAGUGUUGUAUUUUUCCUGAGUAGUGCAUCUGCUCAAGUUUUUGCUGACAUUGCUCUUUGUCCAUUUGAAGCCGUGAAAGUCCGUGUCCAAACACAACCAAAUUUUGCAAAGGGCUUGUCUGACGGCUUUCCAAAAUUAUAUGCACGCGAAGGAAUUUCAGGGUUUUAUAAGGGACUCCUUCCACUUUGGGGACGUAAUCUUCCAUUCUCAAUGAUCAUGUUUUCAACCUUUGAACAUUCAGUGGACAUUAUUUACCGAAAGUUUGUUCAAAAGAGAAAGGAAGAAUGUUCAAGGACUCAACAACUAGGGGUUACAUGUUUGGCAGGGUAUACUGCUGGAGCUGUGGGUACUGUAAUUUCAAAUCCAGCUGAUAAUAUAGUGUCAUCUCUAUAUAACAAAAAGGCCAAUACAAUUAUGCAGGCUGCAAGGAAUAUUGGGUUGGUGAAUUUGUUCACUAGAAGUCUUCCCAUUAGAGUUGCGCUUGUUGGACCUGUUGUGACUCUGCAAUGGUUUUUCUAUGAUACUAUUAAAGUGCUUAAUGGACUGCCUACGAGUGGAGGGCUAAACAGAAGUAUAAAAGGAGCCGAUGAAGCAAGUUAUAAUUGCUAACACGGAGAUACGUCAUGGCCAUGGCACACCAAAGCUCCACAUGGAAUCACGGGCUUGGUGGGUGCUAUCAUGGCUUACCCCAAUUUAUUUUGUUGUACAAAGCUGGGCUGAUAAUAGAGAAACUAUAAAAGUUAACAUUAUUGACAGAGUACAAUCCAAUAAUGAAAAAUGGUAUUCCUCCGACUUUGGAGUAGAUUUGUAACUUGGAAGGUUGGGAAUGCCAUAGUAGGGAAUGUGGGGGCUGUCCUCCUAAUGGUUAACCACUGGUUAAAGGAGCUAAAGUCUUCUGAAUAUAUUUGUAAUACAAAAAGUUUGUAUGGAUUUUGUAGUUCAAAAGUUAAUAUCAGAUUUUGAUGGGUUAAUUGUCUAAAAA